AUGCUUGUCACCACCUACCAACACGACUAUGUGCCUCCCCACACUAGGCGUUAUGAAUUCGUUAAGAAACAAGAUAAAGCGAUAAAGGAGAAAGAGGAAUGCCAAUGUAUUGAUACAGCUAAAAUUGAGGUGCCAAAAGAAGCACAGGGAAAAUGUGAAAGCGGUGCCGAAUGGACGGGUAUCGCGCCAAUGGGCCGCCUCAUCGACCCACGCAUCAUACCCACAAAACUCGCGCCCGAUCAAGCUGAUAACCUUGCAAAAGAUCCGGAUACUGACUGCUUCAAAGCGCAACCUAAUCGUUUUUUGCAGAUCCUACGCACCGCGUAUCCAGACCUCUAUGAUCGACUGAAACAGAUGCCCAAAGAUGAAUUGAAUAGGCGGCUGGAGCGCCAACGACUUUUCACCACAUAUCAAAUUGAUUAUUGCGACAUGAAUGAAUAUCCCGAGGGUAUCUAUGAGAGUCUCAAAGAGGAGGACGAUACAGCUAAGCUCAAUGCCACAAAAUUGUUGCAUAAGGAGGACGCUUGCGAUGUGUUCCGCGCUAAUGUCAUGAAGGAAUUAGAUAACCAAACGCGCAAUCCUACCAUUACAGAUCCAUGUGAGCAUGCGUACAAACCAUUCAAGAUCUCCUUCACCGACAGUGCACGAUUCAUCAAUAGUGGCAACAACUCACACUGGCGCAGUAAAGCUUUCGUUACACGCAACAAUUUCUCCGAGUAUAUGGAAACAAUUAGCCGUAAUGGCUGUGUUAUACUAAAAAAUAAUUUACAUGAUCAUAGCAAAUGUGGUACUAACGGGAAACAUUGUCGUCAUCAGCUGCUGAAUGCGUGCAUAAAUAAUGUACGAUAG